AUGACUGCCUGUGCCCCAAUGGACAUCCAUCCAGAUAAAAUAUCCCAAAGACAUGGGUACUCAGUCCCAAUGAAAUUCUUGGCAACUGAGAGUCACAUCCGAGGCAUAGACUCAGCAGGCUUGCCUGGGUUUAGUGACAGUUUGGGUUUAGAUUUGGACAAGACUGAGGGCAACCCAGACAAACUGCAAAGGCUUCCAAGCAAUGCUCGAGUUGUUCCAUCUGACCAUGGGCGUGAAGUAGAAUGUUGCAUGAAGGAGACGGUGGUCCGAUCCUUUUUCGAAUUUUGGGAAAAAAGCGACAUCGUUUCUUUAAUAGUUACAGAGUUAUGCAGCUCUCCUAUGCUGUCUUAUGUCAUUUUCGUCGCAAAAAUUACCAACACAAAGGGUAAGUGGAGGGGCACCCGCUAUAUGUUCUCCAGACCUUUCAGAAAACAUGGAGUUGUUCCUUUGGCCACGUACAUGCGUAUAUACAAGAAAGGUGAUAUCGUAGACAUAAAGGGAAUGGGCACUGUCCAAAAAGGAAUGCCCCACAAAUGUUAUCAUGGCAAAACUGGAAGAGUCUACAAUGUUACCCAGCAUGCUGUUGGCAUUGUUGUUAACAAACAAGCCAAGGGCAAGAUUCUUGCCAAGAGAAUUAAUGUCCGCAUUGAGCAUAUUAAGCACUCUAAAAGUCGAGACAGCUUCCUGAAACGGGUGAAGGAAAAUGAUCAAAAAAAGAAGGAAGCCAAAGAGAAAGGAACUUGGGUUCAACUGAAGCGCCAGCCUGCUCCACCCAGAGAAGCACACUUUGGAAGAACCAAUGGAAAGGAACCUGAGCUGCUGGAGCCCAUUCCUUAUGAAUUCAUGGCUUGAAAAGUGUUU